UGCAUCGAUGUUUUUCCCAUCCCAUCCCCACGGAUUCGCUCAUUUGAAAAAAAAAAAACAUGGCUGGAAGAGGUGGUUAUGAACACGCUAGAGGCGGAUUCGGUGGAGAUCGGCCAACCAAGCAGUUGCCCACGGAACCGCCCUUUAUCGCAUUCGUCGGCAACCUGCCGCAAGGCCUGGUGCAGGGCGAUGUGAUCAAAAUAUUCCAGGACUUUGAGGUGAAGAACGUGCGGCUGGUAAAGGAUCGCGAAACGGAUCAGUUCAAAGGCUUCUGCUACGUGGAGUUCGAGACGCUGGAGAAUCUGCAGCGGGCGCUAGAAUGCGAUGGUCGGAUCAAACUGGACGACCUGUCGGCGCCGCUGCGCAUCGAUAUUGCCGACGGUCGUCGGAAAAAUGAUCGCCCUGGUGGCGGUGUUGGCGGCGGCGGCAACGGCGGCAUGACCCGCGGCGACGGCAGAGACUUCCAGAAGCGCGGCCCACCCCGCCAAGGCGGCAGCAGUCAGUCCUACAGCCGGGGAGGUCCUGGCACUGGCGGCGGUCGCGAAGGCGGCGGCGGAUCGGGUAAUCGCGGCGAUAGUAGAGGUUCGUACAAUGAUAGUUAUGGUGGUCACAAUGAUAGAAGUCGCGGCGGCGGCGGCAGCGGCGCGGGCUCCGGCGGUGGCAUGAAUAGAGGAUACAAUGAUCGGCCGGCCAAUCGGGGUCGGUACGGCAAUUUCAACAACGACGAUCGGUUCGAUCGCAACCAGGAUCGCGAACGCGGACAGCGGGAAGGCAGCUAUGGCAAUCAGUCGCGCGACGGCGAUCGCUACAACAACUUCAGCCGGCACCGUGACCGCGAGCGCACCCACUACAAUCCCAACCAGCAGCAGAGCGAACGUCCCAGCGGCGGCGGCGGAAUGGGCGGCCUGGGCGGCGGAUCCGGCGGAUCUGGCGGCUUGGGCGUCGGCGGUGGUGGUUCCUCCAUGGGCGCCAUUGACGAUAAUGAGCGGCCACGCCUGCAGCUGAAGCCACGGACCAUUGCCGCGCCCAUAAACGCGGUGGCCGAGACCAAGCAAUCGGCCUCGAUCUUUGGCAACGCCAAGCCGCGCGAGGAGAAGCUGAAGGAGCUGCAGCAGAAUGUCAAUCACAACGGCGAUAACUAGAGGGCAGGAGUCGGUCCGCAAUAUAAAAUGCCUGAUAUGAUAUUUUGGUGUGCGCGAGAUAGAGGGAGAAGGAGAAAGAGAAGGAGGAUGAGGAGGUGGAAGAGAUGGAGCAUCGCAUCAGCAGCAUGCAUAUAUAAACACAUACAUUAAUUAAUAACACUACGCUACAUACCUAUUAUAUACGAAAGAUAUGUACUACAUUACAAGAACGAUGAAGAUGAAACAACAGGCUGGCCUCUGUGUCUCUGUGUCAGUGUCCAGUGUCAGUCAGCAAGCAACUUAACAGCAGCAGCAGCAGUAGCAGCAGCAACAUCAGCACAGCAACAUUAGCAACAGCGAGAGCAAACCGCAACAGCAACAGCAACAUCAGUAACAACGCCAAGCAACAACCAAGCAACCUUUCUUACUCUCUGCAGCAAGAACAUCCGCAACAAACAAUGGAAAGUCUAUAAAUGUUAGUCCCUAAGCAGCGAUAAACUUUAGUCUCGUGCAUAUGGCCUAUAUAUAUAGUAUAUAUACGUUUAUGUGCGAUUCAUGUACAGCAGUUGUAUGCACGCUGCUAUUUGUUAGUUAAGAAGUAAUGCAUAUAAACCAACAAAACAAAAACAAAACAAAAGUUCUACCAUUAAGGUAUAAAUAGUAAACGAAACAAAAACAAGUAAAACAAAACAAAAAAAUGAAAACAAUGCAAAAAAAGAAAAAACUCGAAAAACAAAGCAAAAAUCGAAAACAAAAACUUUUUUGACAAAACGUUCAGCGUAGCAGGCAGGCAAUUUAUACAGUUUAUAUAGCAAACAAACAAAAAAAAAGAGAAAAAACGAAGAAAAAACAACAACAACUACAACAACAAAUACCGAAACCAAUUAUUGAACAUGUAUACCUUAUGAGAAAAACACCAACAACAGAUCUAACAAUAUAAAAAACAAAUCGCAGAGAAGCAGAACACCAACUACGUACGUAAAAGAAGAAAUCAAACAGCGAAGCAAUCCAAUCGUUUAAGAUGAACUAGAAGAAAUGCGCAGAAGUAAUAACAAUAACAGCAACAAGCAACUUUAUAUACAUAUAACAUACAGAAGAGCCAUCAACUACACAGAUCUUAUGUAGCUGACGAAGAAGAAAAAGAAGUCUAUGUCGCAGACCAAACUAUGAUUUUUACUUCGAUAUCCCCACAUUCAUUUUUUCUGUUCCUUUUUAUCUGUUUCAUUUAUAAGCAACUCCGAAUUUCUUCGCCCAAUUUGUACUCUUACUUUACCAAUAUUGAUUUAUCAAAUCUGAUUUCUUUGUAGAUAACCUUUGUAUAAGACGAAAAAGUAUGAAAAAGCAAAAGAAUUGUAUAAAUUUAAUUGUUGUUUGUGUGUUUCGAUUUUUCUUUGCAUCCAGAGUGUACGUAAGCGAAAAGCGUUUAUCCUUUCUUAAUAUGACCCUUGUUCCCUCACAAGCUUUUAAAAAUAAUACUUUUUUUUUGUACCUUGCAAGAGCUGAAAAAACGCGAAAGUUGUAAAUUAAUUUGAAAAUAAAGCAAAAAAAAUUUACAUAAGAAUGUACCGUCGUUUCGGUUUGGUGUUUUCCUUCGGACUAUUCGGCAUUGUUUUUCGGAGUGCGGCCCGAAAACAGGCUCAGCACUUUGUAAAUAUACAAGUAAAUAAUCAAACUUCCCUCGCUCCCAGUCCCAAAAGCCGGGAGUAACAAUUGUUGUGUUGUCCUGCUCCGGAUUCCUAAAUCCCAACCACUUUGUUUGCGAUAUUCCCCCAAAAAUACAACACACAAAAAUAAAAAUAAAACCGACUUGACCGACAAGCUAAACCAGAGUUAACCGCGACCAGCAGUCGCUGCAAAGAAGCAAAUAGAAAUACAAAAAUACAAACGAGAGUAAUGUUUAACAGUUAAAGUAAAGAUUACGUUUAAUAUACCUUUAAAGCUAAAGAUAAACUUAACACAUAAUUUUUAGCACUAAUACCGUAAGCAGUCAAAGAUUUACACUAAACGAAGAAUAUGAAAAUGGACAAACAAUAUUUGUAACUCCUCAAAAACAAAAAACAUAACAAAAGUAAAUGAAUGAAUAACAAUAUGAAGAGAUCGAGUUGAGAACUUAAUUAAUUACUGCUCUAAACCUAAUUAAGAACUUUGAUAUGCAUUUUAAAACGCCCAUAAAGACAAAGACAAAGAAUUGUUUGAAUUACGAUUAAACCAAAAGCAACACUAAAACGAGAAUUUAUACAAGCAAGAGUUAGCAUUAGCAUACGUCAUAAAGCAUCUAAAUAUAUAUACACACAGAUAUAAAUUAAAUAAAUAUACGCUAUGAUUAAAGACGAAACUGAUCGAGUAAGCCAAGAUUAAAUAGCAAUUCUACUCUUAGCAACCGCAAUAAAUUGAAACAAAAACUAACCGAAAUUAGUAAGCAGUUAGAGGAAACAAUCGUAGAAAAGUGAACGAGAAAUAAAUUUUUACCAAUUACAACACUAGCAAACAUCGCAAAAUGCUAACUUCAUGUAACUUACAUAACACAAAUAAAAUAAAAAUAAAUCUAAACAAAUCAACAAA